CUCUGCGGUCGACAAGCGAGAUCGAAUAGCGAAUGCGUGGGCGUGUGCUGAGUCCUGAGAAGACAGAGGAAAGGUGCACGAACAUUGCAUCCUCAGCCUCUUCUGUGUCCGAGUCACCGUGAACGAGGGGUCUCCCGGACCGCAACCUCAACUGUGUCGCGUGAGAGAUGAGGGCCCGCGAGAUCCCAAAGGAAACACCGGCUGCCCAGCUCUCAUGACAUGCUGAUCAGAACCUCUCAACAUGUUCGAAAAGUCACUUGUCGACCUUAUUCGGGGCCUGCGAGGCCACAAGGGAAAUGAGGCCGAAUACAUCCAAGGCGCUCUCAAGGAGUGUCGAAGCGAGAUUCGUUCCCAGGACCUGGACCUCAAGGCAACCGCACUGCUCAAGCUCAUUUAUCUGGAGAUGUUUGGUUAUGAUAUGACCUGGGCCGCCUUCAACGUCUUGGAAGUCAUGGCGUCCCCGAAACCGGCGCAGAAACGAGUGGGCUACCUAGCUGCCGUCCAGAGCUUCCGACCUGAGACGGAGGUCUUGAUGCUGGCUGAGAAUUUGCUGAAAAAAGACCUCACCUCUCCCUCAAUACCAGUUCUCACGCUGCCGUUGGUCACACUUCCGCACAUUGUCACUUCUUCACUGGCACUUUCCAUUCUCACGGAGCUUCUCCCACGAUUGUCACAUUCACAACCAGCCGUGCGUAAGAAGACUAUCGUCACGCUAUACAGGCUCGCUCUGGUGUAUCCCGAAACUCUGAGAGUUGCGUGGCCAAAGAUAAAAGAGCGUUUACUAGAUGAACAAGAAGACAGCAGUGUUACUGCCGCUACGGUCAAUGUCGUCUGUGAGCUCGGGUGGCGACGACCGCAGGAUUUUCUGCCCUUGGCACCAAGGCUGUUCGACCUUCUCCUGGCCCAGAAGAACAACUGGAUGGGCAUCAAAAUCAUCAAGUUGUUCGCAGUUUUGACUCCCCUCGAACCAAGGUUGGUCAAGAAGCUAGUCCGACCCCUCACCAAACUGAUUCAGGAGACAACGGCCAUGUCGUUACUCUACGAAUGUAUCAGCGGGAUCAUUCAGGGCGGGAUCUUGGACGGCGCCGAAAGCGGCGUGGAUGUGGAAGAAGUGGCCGAUCUCUGCAUUUCCAAGUUGAGGGGAAUGAUUGUGUUGGAUGGCGACCCGAAUCUGAAAUAUGUUGCUCUCCUGGCGUUCAACAAGAUUGUGGCUACUCAUCCUACACUCGUUUCAAUGCAGCAGGAUGUCAUCAUGGGAUGCUUGGACGAUCCUGAUAUUUCGAUAAAGAUGCAGGCUUUGGAGUUGGUGUCGGGUAUGGUCAACAGUGACAAUCUGCAAGCCGUUGUCAACCGCCUCAUAAAACAGCUUGCAGGCUCAGCGUCAGCCACCGUGGACCCCAACGGACACGCGGAAGAAGAACAAACAGACAUGGAGCAGAGGCUCGUCCCCGACAAACGAGGAUCGGAAAAUGUUCCUUUACCAGACGAAUACCGCUACGAAAUUAUUAGCCGAAUUCUUGACAUGUGCUCUCACAAUACUUAUGCCAACAUUACCGACUUCGAGUGGUAUAUCGAAAUCCUGGUUCAUCUAGUCAGACAUCUCCCGGCGGACAAGGAUGCGAAUUCGUUGAGAGCCACACUGGAAGAUGACACCUCGUUAGGAGCCCGGGUCGGAAGUCAGCUUCGCGAUAUCACAGUUCGAGUCAAGGAGCUCCGACCAGAAACGACCAAAGCAGCGGAGACUCUGGUACUCUUGUCCAACCGCGCAAUUGCCUACCCGAAACAUGGUACCGGUCAGAGCCAAGUCAUCAAAUCGGCUGCUUGGAUCUGCGGCGAAUUCGCCGUGUACUUGUCCAACCCAUAUGAGGUCCUCAAUUCUUUGAUUCACGAGUCGUCUGGACAUUUCACUCCAACGACCUUGGCAAUAGUAAUCCAAGCCAUUCCGAAAAUCAUUGCACGGAUCGCCACUACGGCCGACCGUGAAUGGAAUGCCUCAAGAGGCGCGACAAUGUCGCUCCUCCUCGCAAGGACCACGGAGUUUCUGGAGAAGCUCUCAUCCCACCCCAACCUCGAAGUACAGGAGAGAAGCGUUGAAUUUCUCGAACUUCUGCGUCUUGCCUCGGAAGCGCUCUCUACGCAGGGCGGGGAUAGUCUUCAGGCGCCGCUCCUACUGACUUCUGCAGUUCCAACGCUCUUUAGUGGCACGGAACUCAAUCCGGUCUCAGCGGCAGCUCAGAAGAAAGUUCCCCUGCCCGAAGAUCUCGAUCUUGACGCGCCUAUCAAUCCCGACUUGUCGACGAUUCUACAAGAUUCGCAGAUUGCAGACGUCGAUGAUCACGGAGAGGAUGUGUUCCAAUCCUUCUACCACGAUCGAGAACCGAUACCGUCCAUCACAUCGUUACAUCCGCAACCAGCAGCGGCUUAUCUGGACUCUGCUGUUGCUUCGGAGAGUGCACCGCUCUCAUACCAGUCUGCACCCGAGUCUCCAGGAACCAUAGCUAGGCGCAAGGCCGAGAGGAUGGCCCGGAACAAGGACGAUCCAUUCUACAUUGCCCCGUCCGACGAUGCGGACCCUCAAUUCCACGACAUCAUCAGCAAGACAAACGGCGAUGAUGAACUCGACGUCGACUCGAUUCCAAUCAUCGACCUACAGAUCGACCGGUCUCAGACGACGGCGGCGAAAGGGGAGACAGGAGGAGAAGAACGCCGGCCGCGAAAGAAGAAACCUGUUCGAAGAUUCGUCGUCGCCGCGGACGAAACCCUCGAGGCCUCCGCAGCGACCACACCCACCUCACAGUCAUUUUCGAACUCGAGCCCCUUCGCCGCCCUGAGUCAGGCUCAGCGGACCCGUUCACUCAGUCCUAAUGCCCAACCCCGGGCGCAUUCUCGGCCCACGCGCACCCUCCUCUCGGUCGACUCGUCGACGCUCGAAAACCUCAGCCUUGAAGGCGGCCCCGCGGAGACCGAGUCGGAGAUUCUCCGUCGUGAAGCCGAGGAGUUGGAGAUGGCGAUUGCCCUUCGCGAGGUGGAGAAGAAGAGGCUUGAGAUGCAGCGGGAGAUGGAGCGGCAGAGAACGGUGAUGGGCGAGGGGGUGGACGCGGAAGGCACGGUUGUGAGGCGGAAGAAGAAGAAGACCCGGCCGAAGGUUGGAGUGGACGCGACCGAGGAACGGGUCGGGGUUGAGGCAGAAGGCCACGACGGCGAAGAGGGAUCCAUCAAGAAGAAAAAGAAGAAGAAGCGGAAGAUCAAGCUUGUCGAGGAGGGUGUCGAUGCUGGAGAUGAAGGUGGAGAGGCCGUGGCCGCGGCAGAGAGUGUGGAAACGGGCGGCGGCUACUGAGCAAUCGUGAGAGAUUUCUACUUCCCACCAGGAUCUUAUAACAAGACUACAUCCCUAGUCUUAACUUUCAGCCGUGGCGCCAACAAAGCCAGAGUGACUGGUAUGUCACAUCAUUGGGGAUUCAUCACAGGACGACUGAUAUAACAUGAGUUUGAGGAACGAAUAUGAUUGUACAUGUCACAAGCUCGAUGGUGUCUUGGGGAUCUUUUACCUGGUGCAUAGGACGCGAGAAGGGGAG